AUGACGACGAGAAUACGAGACGAACUGGAGCGUUCGUGGCCGAAGAACAACAACAAGAUGAUGAUGAAAAUGACGCCGCUCCGGGCACUCGCGGAGAACGCAAAACGCGUCCUCGCAGAGACGAAGAAGUUUCUCGACGAAUUCGAUGAGGAUGGAAUCAAAGACGAUGAUAAAGACAUCGACCGCGCGAGGAAAGAGAUUGAACAACUCGCGGGAGAGAUGCGAAGCGAAAAAGAGGACGUGGAACUGUCCUUUUAUUACCACGGAGACGAGGAGGAGGAGGAGGACGCUGUAUCGUCAUCGUCUUCACUAAGCGAGAGGAAGAAGAGGAACACAUUCGCUGAAAAGUUCUUAGGUGGGUGUUUCCCGGGUGGAGUGGAGGUGAAGAAAAAUGUUGCUGCGACCGCCGCCGCGGCGCUGCGGAUACGCGUCUUCGAUCGAUUUUCAUCAUCAUCAUCAGAAGAAGAAGAAGAGGAAGAAAAGUGGAUGACGGAUGCGAUCGAGUUCAUCGAGAAAGCGAGGAAAUCGAACGCGUUUUUGAUUAUAGAAAACUGUGGAACGGAAGAGAAAGCGCGGGAGAUACGCGCGGAGUUGUAUUCGGGCGCGAUGGCGUUUUCUGCGAAAAGGAGCGAAGAGGAAGAGUUUGUGUUUUGCUUGGAAGGUGGGAUAGUUUUGGAGGAUGAAGAGAAAGGAGCGAAUGCGACAUACAUUCAGGAGGGAGAGGAGAAGAAGGAGAACGGGAAGAACAAGAACAAGAAUGAAGGUGGCGGAUUGUUUGCGUCGGGGUCGGAGGAUAGCGAUUCUUUGUCGUCGGAUGAAGAGGACGUAGCGAGGAUAGAGAGAUUGAGCAUUAAUAAUAUUAAUGAUAGAGAUAUAGCGACGUGUAAACGUGCGCAGGCAAACAUUUCGAAUGCAUUCAGAGCAAUGUGCUUAGAACGCGCUGAAAGUAUAGCGCUGAGAUAUGCGCCGAUGAGAGAAAGAAUUUACGCAAAGUUGAAAGAAAAAGCAAAGGCAAAGAAGAAAGAGGAGAAGGAGAAGAAGAACAAUCAACAAAAAAGAUUUGACGUGUCGAACGACGAGCCGGUGAGAAUGCCGGCAAACGCCUCCUCGCCGCUGGUAAAAAAGAGUAACUUUCAGAUCAUCGAGAACAAUAACGAAGUGGCGUCUGCGAAAAAAGACGGCCCCGGCGUCAUGAGCUUUCUCGAUUGGAUGGGAGGCGAUGGAAACGACGAGGUUCCCCUGAGCGAGCAAAAAGGCAUUUCCUAUCAAUCGAAAGCAGAUGCAGCGAGAAUAAAGGCUUUAGAAGCAGCUUUACGUGAGCUAAACCCAGACCAUCCCUUGUUGAUGUUCUGUCCGGCGCCUAAAACUUGA